AUGAACAUAAAUCCUAAUGGAACUCAGGUGCGGGGAAAGAAAGACACUGGCAAGGGGCUGCGAGAAAGCCCCAGGAAGUCAUCACUGCUCGUGGGGAGUGAUAGUGUGGUAGGCAUCAUCCGCAUCAUCACCACGCUUGUGAGGAGUAAUUGUGUGGUAGGCAUCGUCCGCAUCAUCACCACGCUUGUGGGGAGUGAUGGUGUGGUAAGCAUCGUCCGCAUCGUCACCACGCUUGUGGGGAGUGAUGGUGUGGUAAGCAUCGUCCGCAUCAUCACCACGCUUGUGGGGAGUGAUGGUAUGAUAGGCAUCGUCGGCAUCAUCGCCACGCUUGUGGGGAGUAAUUGUGUGGUAGGCAUCGUCGGCAUCAUCACCACGCUUGUGGGGAGUGAUGGUGUGGUAAGCAUCGUCCGCAUCGUCACCACGCUUGUGGGGAGUGAUGGUAUGAUAGGCAUCGUCGGCAUCAUCGCCACGCUUGUGGGGAGUAAUUGUGUGGUAGGCAUCGUCGGCAUCAUCACCACGCUUGUGGGGAGUGAUGGUGUGGUAAGCAUCGUCCGCAUCGUCACCACGCUUGUGGGGAGUGAUGGUGUGGUAAGCAUCGUCCGCAUCAUCACCACGCUUGUGGGGAGUGAUGGUAUGAUAGGCAUCAUCGGCAUCAUCACCACGCGCCGAAAUAGUCAUCAUGCUAGCAGCUCCUGCCCGAGCCUCAUGGGAAAUUACAGCACCAUUAGAAUCUAA